CGGCGGCCUGGCAUCGCUGCUUUAAGCGGUCGCGGCGGGGCGCCCGGAGUAGCACGCGGCCUGGGGAGGGAGCGCGGCGAUUGGCGGGGAGGCCGCCCGGCGGACACGCCCCCCCUAGAAAAGGGGCGCCGUGAGUGGCGGGGGGAGAAAGUAAACACAGCCGGCCGGCCCUGCCCGCCGACCGGCCGGGGCGGGAGGGGCUCCGCGCCUGACGUGAUGGGCCCCGGCGCGGCCGCCCCCGGGCAGGAGCACGCGGGGCGCGGGGCGGGCGGCAUCCUCUCCCCCGGCCCCUGCGCCGGAGCCGGACCGGCCGCGCGGGCGGCGCUCCCCCCUCGCCGACUGCGCGCCGCCCCCGGGGGGCGGCGGUGAAGGACCUGCCCGGCGCCCCGCUAUUUAUUCGCCCCCCACGCCCCCUUCCUCCUCCGCCCCGCUCUUUCCCGCGCCGCGGGCGGGCCAUGGCUGGCGGCGGCGCGGUCGGCCCGGCGGACGAGCAGUGAGGGCGGACGGAGCCCCCCUUGUCGUCGGGGCGCGGCCGCACCAUGUCGGCCGUCGCGUACGUGGACUUCGUAGCGGCGCAGUGCCUGGUCUCCAUCUCCAACCGCUCCGCCGUGCCCGAGGCGGCGCGGCUGAAGGUGCCGGGCGAGGGGGAGGCGGCCCGGGAGCUGCGCGACCCCCGCGACGCCUGGAAGGACUACUGCGCCCUGCUGGCCAUCGCCAAGAGCCUGCUGGAGCUGAACAAGUACCGGCCGCUGCCCGCCCCCUCCGUCUGCAGUGACAGCGUGGAGAGCCCCGACGAGGACGCGGGCUCCGACAGCGACGCGGCCACCGAGCAGGGCUCCAGCCCGCCCCGCAGCCCCCCGCCGGGGCCGCCCCCCCGCCUGCGCGCCGCCGGGGCCGCCCCUAAGGGGAAGCUGGCGGCCGAGAAGCGGCACAAGUGCCCCUACAGCGGCUGCGGCAAGGUCUACGGCAAGUCUUCCCACCUCAAGGCGCACUACCGGGUGCACACAGGUGAGCGGCCAUUCCCGUGCACGUGGCCCGAGUGCCUUAAGAAGUUCUCCCGCUCUGACGAGCUGACGCGGCACUACCGGACCCACACGGGCGAGAAGCAGUUCCGCUGCCCGCUCUGCGAGAAGCGCUUCAUGCGGAGCGACCACCUGACCAAGCACGCCCGCCGCCACACCGAAUUCCACCCCAGCAUGAUCAAGCGAUCCAAAAAGUCCAGCUCCAGCAGCUCCUUGUGAAGGCAGGGCUGGCCCUGGGGAAGGAGUGGAGAAGAGGCGGGCUGUGGCGAGGGUGCAGGCAGCGGUGCCAGAACACGAGCAUCCGCUGCGGUGCCGGUCACCCUCGCUGUCCAAAAGCACAUGUAGCCGGCAUUAAAAAAAAACACGUACUCAGUAUCCCCCUCCCCAUCUUCCACCUCCUGGCUCUGCCCUGAGAACAGUCUGGAACAAGUGGACUGUGGGGUGAGAGGAGGGAAGGGGCAGCCAGGGAGAACCACCUCUUCCAAUGUAAUGCGUUGAUACUGGUGUACAUACAUGUGACUGGGCGGUCUGGCCUGUGCCACCACAGUAGCAUGACCCCAAAGUCUUUGUGAUUGCUGUGUCAUGAACAUGUUUUGUUGAACAGUGUAAUGCUGCUUGUAUUUAGAGUCUGUCAAGUAAAAACACUUUCCGAGUCACGUAAAUAACUCAGAUAAAAACUCCAUAGCACAUUGUAGAAGUGGGUUUACUUCUGUGUAUCUUCUGUGAUCCUGCACUUAAAGAGACUAUUAAGAGAAACAUUACAUAUGUUACCAAUAGUAUCUGAUUGAUAUACUGACAUAAGGUGAAUUUAUACUCAAUAAGGCCCAUUAAAGUAAAUAGGUAUUUUUAACUUUUCUUUGUAUUAACUAUACUUUUGAAUAUCAGCUGGACUUUUCCAGUAAAAACAUGUAUGAUUCAAGAAAAUACUUAAAGCAAAAAAAUCCCCAUAAAGAGCUCAGUAAUUUUCUGAC